UUUUUUUUUUCUUUACUCACCCCACCUUCUUUUCUUUUCUAAUAAUAUGGCACCACCUUAUACAUACCCAAUUGCCGGCAUUAUUUAUUUUGCAACUCAUCCAGAAUUAUGGGCUAAAGCACUUUGUCCAUUUCUAUUAACAUUCAUAUUCGGUUUAGCAUCUCUUAUUCUCUCAUUUGUUUACCUUUUACCCUUACAAGCUAAUGCCUUAAUAGUUGCUAAUUGUCCAGCUUGGCUUGCUUGGAUAGUUUCUAUUCUAUUUGUCAUAUUAGAAUCAGCCAUACUAGAUUUAAUUUUCUUUGCUAUCGUGCUUGCCUUUUAUCAGGAUAUUUUGUUUGAUGCGACAUUAAAGGCAAGAGGUCUAGAUAGGAUGUUUUUAAAUAGAGUCCCCGUAUCUGGUCUCAGACUGUUUUGUCGAGGUAUUAGUUCUGGUUUGGCCUUAUUAUGGAUUCUAGUAGUGGCUCAAGUAUUUGUAUUAGUCAUUACAGCUCCUUUACAUCUGAUACCCUUCAUAGGCACCUUUAUAGCUUGUUAUAUCAAUGGUUGGGUAGCAUGGUAAAGUAUUUAUAACAAAAAAAAAAAAAAAAAACUCGAUCACUUUU